CACCACUAGUUGAAAGAAAUUGUACUUCUAUAUCUCUACCUACAUUUCAAUCCAAAUUAACAGUUUUUGAUCUACUCUUUCAAGUUUCAACUCCACCAGAGAAAAUGGCAACCUCCUCCUCCGCCUUGUUCACCAUCACCCCCUCAUUACAAAAACACCAAAAACUCUCACCUUCCAACAUCUCCUUCCAUGGCCUAAGACCCCUCACCACCACAACCAAAGCCAGAACCUGCAAGAUCACCACCACCAGGAAAAACCUAUCAUUGACUGUGAAAUCAGAGCUUAGCACACCACUGGUGAUAAGCCUGAGCACAGGCUUGUCACUUUUUUUGGGAAGGUUUGUGUUCUUCGCCUUCCAGAGGGAGAAUGUGGCCAAGCAAGGGUUGCCAGAGCAAAAUGGGGUAACCCACUUCGAGGCAGGGGAUACAAGGGCUAAGGAGUAUGUGAGCCUACUCAAAUCAAAUGAUCCAGUUGGGUUCAACAUCAUCGAUGUUCUUGCUUGGGGUUCCAUUGGUCAUAUUGUUGCUUACUACAUCUUGGCCACUUCCAGCAAUGGCUAUAAUCCCGCCUUCUUUGGCUGAAAAUUCUCAUCUUUCUGUGUGUUUGUAUAGUGUUAUUUACCUGAUUUUGUUAUUUUGUUAGUGUUGUUCUGUACUGCCAUUUCUCUGUUAUCUUCUCAAUUAAUGAUGCUUGAAAGUCAUAAGCUUUUUUUAUGGAGGUUGCUUCUCUGCAAUUGUUGUUUGUGGAUUAUGGAUUAUGAGUAUUAUUUUGACUCUUCUGAA